UAUGAUAACAUUGCUAUAUUUGUGAUCGUUAACUUCUAUUCGUUCAAUUUUUCUAAAUUAUCUCCAUAAAAAUCGAUGUAUAUUAAUCUAGUAUGAACUUAAAUAAGCCAAUUAAAAAAGAAUCUAAAAUGAGGAUUCGUGCCUUUCCAAUGUCGAUGGAUGAAAGAUAUGUCCAGAAUAUAUGGGAAUUGUUAAAGAAUGCUAUUCAAGAAAUUCAGAAAAAGAAUAAUAGUGGAUUAAGUUUUGAGGAAUUAUAUAGGAAUGCUUAUACUAUGGUACUUCAUAAACAUGGAGAAAAAUUAUAUUUUGGUUUAAAAGAAGUUGUUACUCAGCAUUUAAUUGAGAAAGUUCGUAAAGAUAUCAUGGAAUCUCUACAUAACAAUUUCUUAGCCACACUUAUUAGCGCUUGGAAUGAUCAUCAAAUUGCAAUGAUUAUGAUCAGAGACAUUCUUAUGUACAUGGAUAGAGUUUACGUUCAACAAAACAAUGUAGAUAAUGUUUACAACUUGGGCCUCAUCAUAUUUCGAGAUAUCAUCAUUAAAUACCCUCAAUUGCAUGAUUUCCUCAAAAAUACCUUACUCGAUAAUAUCAUGAAGGAACGUAAGGGUGAAAUCAUAAACAGGAUCGCGAUAAAGAACGUUUGCCAGAUGCUUAUGAUAUUAGGCAUCGACUCCAGAUCCAUUUACGAAGAUCAUUUCGAAAAACCGUUUUUGUUACAAUCGGCAGAAUUUUAUAAGUCGGAGAGUCAAAAAUUUCUGGCGGAAAACAGCGCUUGUCUCUACGUUCACAAGGUAGAGGCUAGGAUUAACGAAGAAGCUGAGAGAGCUAAUCACUAUUUGGAUAAAUCUACCGAAGAUUAUAUAAUUAAACUUCCAUUGUCGUCAAUUGAGGGCAAUUAUAUUUUGGCCACUUUAAGGAGGUCGUCACUUUACACAAUAAAUUUUAUGUCGAUUCUGGCACAUGGACCAACCAAGAGUGGUCAUAAAAGGGAGGUCGUCGAAGAAGAAUUGAUAUGCCAACACAUGAAGACCAUUGUCGAAAUGGAAAAUUCGGGCGUGACACAUAUGUUAAAAAACGACAAAACGGCGGACUUAGCUUGCAUGUACAAACUCUUGAGCAGGGUACGCAAUGGUUUGGAAUGCAUGACCCAAUGUGUUAGUACUUACCUCAAAGAUAAAGGACUGAGUUUAGUGAGUGAGCGACCCGAUUGCGUUGCUUUAAGAAAUCCUGUUACCUUUGUCCAAAAUUUGUUAGAACUGAAAGAUCAAUUCGACCAUUUUCUUCACGAAGCCUUCUCAAACGACAAACUAUUCAAGCAAGCCAUAGCGGCUGAUUUUGAAUAUUUCCUGAAUCUAAAUCCUAAAUCACCAGAAUAUUUAUCCCUUUUUAUCGAUGACAAACUCAAGAAAGGCGUCAAGGGGCUAUCUGAACAAGAAGUCGAAAAUAUGCUAGAUAAAUCAAUGGUCCUCUUCAGAUUUUUACAGGAAAAAGAUGUCUUCGAACGUUAUUACAAACAACACUUAGCCAAACGGCUCUUACUCAAUAAAAGCAUAUCAGACGAUACAGAAAAGAGCAUGAUUUCUAAACUUAAAACCGAGUGUGGUUGUCAAUUUACGGCAAAAUUGGAAGGCAUGUUCAAAGACAUGAACGUAUCUCAGCUUUUGAAUAACGAUUUUAACACCCACUUGACUACGACUAACAACGCGAAUGGGAUAGAUCUUACAGUACAAGUCUUAACCACGGGUUAUUGGCCGACCCAAUCCAUCUCACCACAUUGUAUACUGCCCCUAUUGGCGCGGAACAUAUUCGACCAAUUCAAAACUUUUUACCUGAACAAGCAUUGCGGACGUCAACUCACUCUUCAACCUCAAUUGGGCUCGGCUGAUAUAACUGCUAUUUUUUAUGGUCCAACUAAUACUAUUACCACCACGACUAACAACAACAGUCUUCAAAACGAUUUGAAUUCUUCUACACUCGACAACGAAGCUGAGAAUAUAAUAUCAGAUUCAUCUAAUGCAAUAAACGUGGAAUCUAAUACGAUCCACAACUUUAUCAUUAAAAAUAAUAUGAGUGGGACGGCGAGCAAAACGGUAACUCCCAGAAAACAUAUAAUAUCGGUUUCGACUUAUCAGAUGUGUAUACUGACUCUUUUCAAUGGUCGGAAUAGGUGGUCUUACGAAGAAAUAGCCUCUGAAACCGAUAUUCCUGAACGGGAUUUGAUCAGAGCUCUUCAGUCAUUAGCUUUGGGAAAACCUUCGCAGAGGAUUUUGCUGAAAACACCCAAAACUAAGGAAAUAAGUAAUGACCACGUAUUUACUGUUAACGAUUCCUUCACUUCCAAACUACAUAGAGUCAAAAUACAAACUGUUACCGCUAAGCCUAAUUCUCAAAACAAUGCCAACUCUUCUCUCAACUCUUCUUCCCAUCCUUCGUCCUACAAUAACCAAGCUUACAAUGACUAUUACGAUGAUACCAAUGACAAAGACAGGAAAGAGAUGAGAGAGAGAGUCGAGGAGGAUAGGAAACUGGAGAUAGAAGCUGCAAUAGUCAGAGUUAUGAAGGCUAGAAAGAAGCUUUCCCACGCUCAAUUAUUGACUGAGAUUAGCGAACUACUUAAAGCUAGAUUUCUACCUCAGCCUGGGGCCGUCAAAAAGAGGGUUGAAGCUUUGAUUGAAAGGGAAUACUUAGCGCGAUGUGAUCAAGAUAGAAAAAUGUACACCUAUUUAGCCUGAAUCAUUCUUUCAAAACAAAAUUUCAUCCUACCAAAAAAUCCUGUAACCUAAUUUGCAAACCAAUUUUAAAAUAUUUUUAAUAUCAAUUAAAUUAGUGAUUUAUAUUUAUAUAAUAAUGUAAAUCGUUUACAUGUUAAAGUUGUCUGUUUUAUAAAUCCAUAAGUUAUGUACAAGUCACACAUUGAAAAUACAACUUAUAACAUAUGGAUAAAUAUAAUAAUAUUAAUAUAAUGAUUUCGAUUAGCCUUUAUUUUAUUAUUUUUUUCCCCAAAUGAUUUUUAUACAUAGUCUUUAUUUACACUAUAUAUUUAUUAUGCUUAUAAUUCAUUAUAUUUUAUAUUUCAAUGAUCUUUUUUAUUUUCUCAUAAAUAAAUCAAUAUCUAUUAUGAAUUGUGCAAACUAUAUUUAUUUGAA